GGAGACCUUCUGCCAGCGGGCACCCAGCUUCCUUGACUACCUGCACAGCAUCCUGCAGAAGUACCCGGAUGGAGGGCAGAUCCUCAAGGAGCUGGUGCAGAAUGCAGAUGACGCCGGAGCUAACGAGGUCGUGUUUGUGUCUGAUGAGCGGGAAUUCGACAUCACUGGAGGGGGACUGGAGGGCACCCAGGGCCCAGCUCUCUUGGCCUACAAUGACGCCGUGAUGUCUCCCCGGGACUGGAAAGGGAUUCAGCGCCCAGGGGUGUCACACAAGCGGGAGGAUCCCCGCAGCGUGGGGCGCUUCGGCUUGGGCUUCACCUCUGUCUACCACCUCACCGACCUACCAGGUGUGCUGAGCGCCCCAUACUUGGGGGUGCUGGAUCCUGAAUGCCAGGUGCUGCCUGGUGCUGGCAAGCGCUGGGACAUCUCGGAAGCCCAGGACCUUCCUGGCCUUUUUGAGCCCUUCUGGGCUGGGCUGGAAGCUGUGGGAAAACACCGUGCCUCAGCCCAGGGCACCCUCUUCCGCUUCCCCCUUCGCCGGCAACCCUCAGAAAUCGCUGAAGGGAUCUCCAGUCCUGAGCGCAUCUGCAACCUCAUCCAGACCUUCCUCACAGAGGCCCCUCUUGCCCUCCUCUUCCUCCGCCAUGUCCGCCAUGUGGCCCUGCACCGUGUGGCCCCUGACGGGGUCCAGACACUCAUGGGAACACUUGUGGCAUCCCCUCAGCCUCUCCCUGUCCCAGUGCCAUCAGGGGAUGAGGGGCUGAGUCUUGCGUGGUGCCUGGUGGCCCUGCACGGAGAUGGGGUCAGUGCUGGGAGCGAGUGGCUGGUGGCCACGGGCAGGGCCACUGAGGGGCCAGCUGUGGCUUUGGGCACACGGCUGGGGUGCUGCCCUGAGCUGAGCCUGGCACACCCCCUCCAUGGGGCCUGCCAAGGGCGGCUCUGCUGCUUCCUGCCACUGCCAGCCACUGACGAGAUGGCCACAGGGCUGCCUGUCCAUGCCAGCGCUCCCUUUGCCCUCUCCGAUGAUCGCCGCCACCUGCGCUGGCCCCAGGAGGGUGAGGAGGGUGAGGAAGAUGCCCGCUGGAAUGCUCUUCUGCUGCUCGACCUCCUGCCCCGGGUCUACAGCCACUUGGCCACUGUGGCUGUGGCUGUGCCCGGUGCAGAUGCCUACAGCCUGUGGCCAGACCCCGAGUGCACACCGAGCUCCGGCCGGAUCCACAGCCUGGUGAGCCGUGUGUGCCAGGAGCUGGCGGCCGCCCCUGUCCUGCUGCCGGCCGCAGACGGGGCGGCGGGGCGGCUGCGGGCCCUCGAGGCUGUGCUGCUGCCAGAGGCCGUGGGCGAUGUGGCCACACGGUGGGCUGUCCAGGCCUUGCUGGUGGCAGCCGGGGAGCCGGUGGCCAAGAUCCCACCCCGUGUGUGGAGGGCGCUGACUUUGGGGAUGCCAAAGGGCCUGCGGGAGGCCACGGCGGGACACGUGCGGGAAGUGCUGCGGCACCAUGGGGCCGCAGAGCUCCUGGCUGCCAGCCGCCUCUCCCUGCUGCGCUACGUGGCUGGGGAUGGGUGCCAUGCUGAGCUCCACGGCCUCCCCCUCCUGCCCCGCGCUGAUGGAACCUUCGUGGCCUUUGGAACUGCGUCAGCCGUUGUCUACGUGGACACAUCCGACUGCCCCAGGGAGCUCCUACCUGGCUUGGCCGGAUCCUUCCUGCCCUCAGACCUGGAGCCAGGCUUGGACAGCCUCCUGCGAGGCAUUGCCAAGAAGGGUCUCUUCCCCAACCUGGUUCUGCUGGAUCCAGCCGUGACUGUACAGACCCUGCGCUUGGCUCUGCCCCCCACCUGGACAUCCCAGUCUUCAACCCCAGUGACCUGGUGCCCAGCCCAAGGGCCCCCCCAGCCCCCAGCCUCCUGGUUCCCAGCCCUGUGGCAAUUCCUGGCCCACAUAGAAGACCUGGGCCCUCUGGAGGGGCUUCCUCUCAUAGCCCUGUCCUCACUGGAUGCCCCCACUGUCAGUUUGGCUCCACUGAUACCUGAGUCCAGUCUUAUCUUCCAGGCAUGGGAGGGCCAGCUCCUGCCACUUGCUGUGGCCUCUGUGCUGGAGGUCCUGGGUUGCCCUGUGGUGCCACCAAGGUUGCCCAUGUGGCACCGUUCCCUGUCCUGCUAUGUCCUGCCUCCAUCCCCCCUCAAUGCCCUGCGGGCCCUGGGGAGGCAGGAGGCUGCAGCACUGGCCUCCCGCAUGGCCUCGCUGCCUCAUGCAGAUGUGGUCACCCUCCGGCGCUACCUGGCAGACAUCCCAUCCCUGACAAAGCAGGACAUGGCCACUCUGGCUGCUCUGCCCCUCUUUCUGCCACUGCCCUGCUUGGCCACCCCACAGCCCACAGAGCUGGUGCCAGCCGCUGCCACCCCGGUGCUGGAGCCAGAGCUGGAGCUGCCCCAAGAUGUGUUGCUGCCGGAGGUGAUGUUGCGGUGCCAGGAUGAAGUUGACCGGCGGCUACUCGGGAGGCUCCAGAGGCCCCUCAUCAGUGCAGCCUGUGUGAUGCUGAAGGCCGUCAGAGCCGUGGCCCAAGGUGCGUAUGCAGGGCGAGCGGCUGAGACACAGGCUCUGCUGCUCUGGGUACUGCAGCACGGAGACACUGUCUUUGCACAGAGCCCCCCGCUCCGGCAGGCCUGCAGCACACUGGCCUUCCUGGAGACUCCUAACGGCCCUGCAUGCCCAGAAGACCUCUAUGACCCCUGUGACAGCACCCUGCAGGCACUGCUGGGACCUGAGCGCUUUCCUCCUGCUGCCUUCCACAAUCCGUCUGUCCUCCGUGCCUUGAGGGCCGUGGGUUUGCGGCAUGGUGAGGGGUGCCUGCUGCCCUCAGACAUCCUGGCAGCUGCAGCAAAAGUCAGUCAGGGUGGCACGGCAGCUCUGGACAGGGCUGAGGCACUGAUCACAGUCUGCAACCACCCCAAGGCACUGGAUGGCUUCAGUGCUGCAGAGCUUGGGCAGCUCCAGGCCCUGCCGUGGGUGCCUCGCUCCAAGUGCACAGGAGAGCCUGGGCAGCCCUUCCUGCCCCCCAGGGAGUUGCGAUCCAUGCAGUACCAAUCCCUGGUGGGGCUUGCCAUGCCCCUGACUGAUGCCUUUGUGCCAGAGGCAGAGAAGAAGCUGGGGCUGAGCCAGACCCCACCACCAGAGAGAGUGUGGGAGCAGCUGAGAAAGCUGGUGAGGCGCAGGGACAUGGAUGAAGUGGGUCCUGCUCUCCAGCCCAUCUACUGGCACAUGCAGGAAAACCUGAAGGCCUUUGGGACUGCCCCGGAUGAUGCUGUUGUGUGGACUGGGUCUGGACUUGUCCUGCCACGUGAUGCUGUGCUGGGCUAUCCUGAGAAGCUGGAGCUGGGGAUGCUGGUGCCCCGGGUGCCCCCUGACUUCCUGCCCUAUGGCUGCCUCUUCAGGGCCUGGGGGGUGGCGGAUGGGGUGAGUGAGGAGCGGGCAGUGUCAGCCCUGCACUCCCUGGGGCAGGACAUAGACAGGCGCAGCUCCAGAGCAGGCACUGCCGCAGAGUUGCAGGUGGUUGUAGCUGUCCUGGAGUGGCUGGAGAGGCAGGGCCACCAGAGCAAGGGCACUGUGCCAGUUCCUGUGAGGAUCCCGCAGGGCUCAGGCUUUGCCCUCCGUCCAGCUGCGUCUGCCGUGUACCUGGACAUGGAGCUGGAGGAAGAGGAGGAUGUUCAAGAGGUGGUGCACGAGGCCGUGCCUUGCAGCACAGCCAUGUUCCUGGGCACAGAACGUCUCAGUACACAAGUGCUGGGCCCAGAGCCAUUCACAGCCUGUGGCCCCUCGGAGCCCAUCACCCGACGCCUCCGCAACAUCCUCCAGGAGUACGGUGAGGAGAGCGACCUCUUCACAGAGAUGGUCCAGAACGCAGAGGAUGCCAGCGCUACUGUGUGCCGCUUCCUCCUGGACCUGCGGUGCCGCAGAAAGGCCACCUCUGGGCUGCUAGACCCAGGCAUGGCUGCCUGCCAUGGCCCAGCCCUCUGGGCCUACAACAAUGCCCUGUUCACAGAGGAUGACCUCCAGAACAUCACUCGGAUUGGGGCUGCCACAAAGGAGGGCCAGCCAGGCCAGAUCGGGCGCUUUGGGCUGGGCUUCAGCUCUGUGUACCGUGUCACAGAUGUACCGGCAGUGCUGAGUGGGGAGACACUGCUCAUCUUUGAUCCCAAUGGCACCCAUCUGGGCAAGCACAUCCUCAGGGCCAGCUCCCCUGGCAUCCGCCUGGACUUCUCCAGCCGACCACGCAUUCUCCGUGUCUUUGCUGAGCAGUUCCAGCCCUACCACGGUAUCUUUGGGUGCUGUCUGCCUGAGCCAGGACCCUUUCCAGGGAGCCUUUUCCGCUUGCCUUUUCGCACUGAAGAGGAAGCUGUGACAUCACAGAUUUGCUCUGAGGCCUUUGGUACAGAGCGCAUCCAGUCCCUUGGGACUGCUUUCCUUGGCUCUAACCGGCUCCUGCUGCUCUUCCUGAAGAAGGUGAGGGAGCUGUCCCUGGAGAUGCUGCCAGAUACGGCCACUUCUGCAGAGGAUACCAUACCUCUGGCCACGUUGCAUCGAAAGGAGAUCCGAGACUUGGGUGCCCCUGGGGAUCCCCCAAGUUGGGCAGCCAUUGAGCAGCUCUCAGCUUGUGAGGAGGAAUCCAGGACCACUUGGCACUACCUGGUUUUGGUGUGUCAGGGUGAUGGGGAGUUGCUGGAACUGUUUCACCAGAACACACAGGCAGGACUCCAUCCUCCACUUCCCAUGGCUGGUGUGGCCCUUCCCCUUGCCCCUGCUGAAGAUGGCAAGUGGGUGCCACGUCUGGACACUGAGAAGGGGCAAGUUUUCUGCCACCUUCCCAUGCCGGUCAUGUCUGGGCUGCCAAUCCACCUGCAUGGGGCCUUCAGCAUCCUCUCAAAUCGCAAGGGGCUGUGGGACACAGCAGAGCGGGGCAAGUGGAACCGGAUGCUGCUCCGCAAUGCUGUGCCAAUGGCCUGGCUCCGGGCACUGGACCAUCUCCGUGCCAUGCACGAGGCAGGCGAGUUGAAGAACUAUGAGUAUCAUCUCUUCUGGCCAGAUAUUAGCACUGCCCGUUACCCCUUUACAGAGGCUGUGACUGGUUUCUACCAGGCUCUGGCAGCCAGGAGUGGCCCAAGGCUCUUUUCCAAUGGCCACUUCUGGUGCUCGCUGCAGGAUGCCCGCUUCCUGCACCAGGCUGUGGAAAGACACCCUAAGCUGGGUACUGUGGCACAGCGAGUCUUUGCCAUCACCGUGCCCCGUCCCCUGUUGGCUGUGGCCUUGCCUGGGAAGGUGCAGGAGGGCCUUGGGAAGGCACUGCUUGCUGGAACAUAUGACUGGAACCGCUUUCUAUGUGAGCUUGUGCUUCCCAACUUAGAAAAUCUCCCUGAUGUUGACCGGAACCUGCUGUUGCUCCAUGCGCUGGAUAUGUCUCAUGAGGAUGUGGACAAAAUGCUGCAGACAGUGCCCUGCAUCCCUGUCACCCCUCAUGGCCACCUGCAGCUCAUCAAUCACCUGGUGCAUCCCAGAGGCCGUGCUGCCCCUUUAUACAACCCUGAGGAUGGGCGCUUCCCCACUGGGAAUGCCUUCCUUUCCCUGGAGAGACUAAGCCAACUGGAGAGGCUGGGCAUGGUGAAGAACACCGUGGCUCUGCCAGAGCUGCUGGAGAGGGCAAAGACUGUGCAGCUUGUGUGGACCAAGGAUCAUGCCCAGGGCUGCCAGAGGGCUGCCUGCAUCCUUGAGUUACUUCAGGAUGCAGUGAAGAAGGGAAUAAAUGACACCCUGCAGGCCGCUUUCCAGACUGUGCCUUUCCUCCCUGCUGCACUGCACACUGGUGACCCUGUGCUGCUGCCAGCUGCCCAGCUCUACCAUCACCUCCAUGACCCACUAGUGGGACUCAUCCAGCCUAUCUUGGCUCCUAAAAUGCUGGGGAAAAACUUCAGCCUCUCUGAGGAGGUAGCAUCCUUCUUGGGACUGGACCGGCAGAUACCCUCAGCUCAGGUCCUUGAGCAGCUGCGAGCACUCCGCCGUUUCUCCAACACUCUCCCUUUGGAGACCCUGCAAUACAGCACCAACUGCUGCUACAAGCACCUGGACAUGCUGCUCCAGGAACAUCCCUCCAGCUGGGAUGAGGUGGCUUCUGCAGUGGCCCCAGGGGAGCCCUUCAUCUUGGUGGGCUCCCGUUUUGUGCCAGUCACAGCUGUGGCCGAGACACUGUCAUUUAAGGCUGCCCCAUACCUUCAUGAGCUCCAAGAGCAGUACAAGCCCUACAGAGAGCUCUGGAAGUGUGUGGGGCUGCGCCACACAUUCGCCUGGGAUGAUUAUGCCCGAGUGCUCUCCACUCUGGCAGAGAUACAUGCUGGAAAGCCACUGCCUGCCACGGAGCUGGAUCUGGCCCUGCAGCUGGUGUCUUGUGGCUUGAUGGAAGAUAGCAACCAGCCAGAUGCCUGCCAGACCCAGCAACUCUUUCUGCCUGAUGAGGAGGGCAUUUUGCAGCCACGGGACAAGCUCUACUUCAAUGAUGCACCAUGGAUGCCAUUGGACAGAGAUGUCCUGCUGUGCCAUAAACAGCUGUCCCGAUCGACAGCCCUGCACUGUGGGGUGACCACCACACGCCACCGAGCACUGGAGAGGAGUGAACUCAUCACUGAUCACCUGAGCUUCUGGGCGCAGCCAUUUGGUGCCCAUGAAGAUUUGCCAACGCGACUGAAGAAUAUCUUGAAGGAGUACUCUGCGUCUGCUCCUGAUAUGGUGAAGGAGGUGCUCCAGAAUGCAGAUGAUGCAGGUGCAGGGCUUUUGCACUUCGUGUGGGACCGCCGGACGCACCCAGCGAAGGCUACUUUUAGUGAGAAAUGGAACAUCCUGCAGGGCCCUGCCCUCUGCAUCUACAAUGACCGCCCCUUCCAGGAGCAGGACAUUGAAGGCAUUCAGCGUCUGGGGGUGGGUGGCAAGCAAGACCGGCAGGAUGUCACAGGCAAGUAUGGCCUUGGCUUCAACACUGUCUACCACUUUACUGACUGCCCAGCCUUCCUGACCGGAGACAGUGUCCUGUGUGUCUCUGAUCCUCAUCUCUACUACCUGUCCACAGCCACAACUGAGAAGCCUGGUAGCAUGUUUGCUGUCAACACUGAUUUCAAGAAGAAUUUUGCAGACAUUUAUGACACCUUCCUACCAUCCUUCUUCAACCUGAAACAGGGUGUCCUUUUCCGGCUGCCGCUCCGCACUGCAGCUGAGGCUGCCAUGUCCAGGGUGUCAGACAUGGUCGUGCGAGACCAAGACCUCAAGAACAUGGAAGAAACACUGGCUAAGGAAGGUGAGGACUUGGUGCUCUUCCUCAGGCAUGUCCACACCAUCAUCUUCUCUGAGAUCCCCCCAGAUGGGAAAGAGUUGGUGGAGAAGCUGCGGGUAACCACGGAGCUCACAGAGGAUGAUGCAAAGUUGAGACGGGAUUUUCAAGCAAGAUUAAGCCAAGCCGUGGAUGGGAACAGCCCCACCCCUCUCUCCUAUACCAUGAAAGUCAAAAAUAGCAGGGCCAAGACCACAAGUUUGUGGAGGGUGAUCUCCCAAAUUGGGGUGCAGGGUGGGGCUGAGGAGUCUCCAUUGCCUAAAUGUCUGCCCUAUGGGGCUGUGGCUGCCCGCCUGGAACCUCUGAACCAAGUCACGGGCAGAGCCUUCUGCACCCUCCCACUGCCCUUGGUCACUGGACUGCCUGUGCACAUCAACGCCAACUUCUCUGUGGAUGCAGCCAGGUGCAGUCUCCACUGGGACAAAGGCGGCACAGAGGCAACCUGGAAUGACUUCUUGCUCCGGUGCUUGGUGGUUCCACUAUACUGUUACUUUCUCACCAGGCAGUGGAAAGCCCUGGAGCCAGAAAAGCUCCAGUAUUGGUCCCUGAAUCUCUGCCAGCAGCACCUGGACUCCCACUUCCUCCAGUUUUUCCCUGUUAUGAAAAGGGUGUUACCUAUCUUCCAGGACAUGGUGAGAAAGGUCUACAAGCACCUCAGUCAUGCACGCCUGCCCCUGGUGCCUGUGUACAGGAAGUCACUUGACACAGUGACAAUAACCUGGGCAUCUCCAGGUGGAGAGGACAUGCUAACAGAGCCAUACUUCCUCAAAGAGAUACCUCAGCCAAAAGUCCAGAAGGUGCUGGAGCAACUGAACAUGAAACAGGUUCCAGCAUUCCCCCACCUGCAGCAGAUCCGUGAGGAGUUCAUUGAAGCCCAGGUGAAUGCUGUUGUCUUAGAGCCAGCCUCUCUCCGGUGCUUCCUCAAGGCCCUCGCUCUGCCUGUGCCCUGCAAGCUGGCUGAGACACCCCUGAGGACCCCAGAGAGCUGCUCCUACCUGCUGCAAUACUUAACAGGAUGGAACAGGCACUCUAAAGGUACUCACAAGGAUGGGGACAAGGCAGAUCUGGAAGGCCUGCCCUUGCUGGCCACAGCAGAUGGUUUUCUGAAUGCUUUCAGCAUCCACUACCCUAUCUUCAAGAACUCCUUUGCCCACCUCUUCCCCAAGCACAGCCACCGUUUUGCCCAUAAGUGUAUUUCUGCAUGGAUCCCACCUUGCUUUGUGAAGGAGCUUCACCUCCCACAGGCCACACCACUCAUCCAGGAGGCAUUGGGUCAGUUGAAGUGGACCACAGAGGGAAAAGAGUGGCUCAAGGGACUGUGGAUCUUCCUUGCCAGUGUGGUACCCUCAGAUGUGGACAUGGAGUCAUUCAUGAAUCAUCUCCAGAAUAUGGCAGUGCUGCCUAUUCAGGGGAGUAAGACAGACUCAAAGCAACUACUGCCACUAUCCUCCCUCUCCAGGGUUCUUUUUGAGUGUCACUCUGAAGUGGAAAAGGUGCUGCACAAACUGGGCAUCCCUGUGCUCCAGCAAUCCCUGCUGCCCUGGAGUAUUUCCCACUGUUACCUGAAGCCAAGGGCACUGCAGAUCACAGAUCCCAGGGCUGUAGUGGCCCAUCUGGCAGACACAAGAGCUGAUCUCUGCUGGGGGGAUUUAGGGGAGCAGGAUGUGUCAGCCCUGCUGAAGUUUGUCCAGCAGGGAAAGCUGGAUUCACAUGCACUGGAGCAGCUCCUGCGCCUGCCUCUCUUCCAGAAGUUUGGGGGGGGCUAUGUAGCUGUGGCUCCCUACCGCAAGGUGCUGUUACUCCGCAGACAGUUCCUGCAAGUGCCCUUGAGUGCCCAAGCCCUGUAUGACUUGGACAAAGACAUGCUGCUUCUCACACCAAGCCUAGUCCACAAACAGCUGGCUGAGCGUUUGAAGUGGGAGUUCACAGAUGACCAAAAGCUCUUCAUGGCUGUGGUACUUCCCCGCCUGUCCCAGCUCACACGGCAAAAUCUCAUGGAAGCUAUACGCUUGUUCUUUGUUGUGAAACCCAUCUGUGACACUCAGAGCAUGAAGACCAUUGUGGAAGCUUUUCAGAAGGUGGCCUUUAUACCAGAUGCCCACAGAACACUGCGCCUGGCCUCCUACUUCUACUGUGACAUGCCUUCCUUCCACACCCUGCGUCUCCAAAACCGCUUUGUGCCUGAAUCUUUCUUUAAGGAGCUACAUUUGAACAAGAAAGAAACUGUGGAUUUCUUCCUUGAGGCUGGUGUCCGCACCAGCCUCUCCACAGAGGAUUUUGUGGCACUGGCUGAGGAGAUAGAGCGUGAAACCACUCAGGCUACAUGCCAUGCUGCAGAACUGCUGGAGCGACAGCAGGAGAUGCUUAAGCAACUUGCAAACCUGUUGAAAAAUCCUGAGUCAAAGGGUUUCCUGAGGAAAAUUUCCUCAAUCCAAUUCCUGCCUCCACUGGAUAUUCCUCCAAACUUGAUGAACCUUCACCCUCCUUUUGCAGACUGCACUAAGGCUGUGGCUCUGAAAGGCAGCGUUUCCUACUGCAAAGAUGUGGCUGAGCUCCUGUGGACAUCAGCCACCAUCCUGCCAGAAUCCCUUCGACUUGAGGAGAUGUCCCUGAAGGCCAUGGGAGUCCUUGUAGAGAUACCAACUGCCCUGGUGGUGGCCAACCUGGAGCAUGUGUGCAGGGCAGCUUGCUCAACAGAACUGCAGGUAAGCACACGGACCAAGGUGCUCCAUAGCAUGUACAGCUUCCUGCAGACCCGUCUGAAGGAGGUGGAUGCAGAGCACCUCGCUGAGCUGCCUGUGGUGCUGGCCAAGUCAUGGGACAUGGCCAGGCCACGGCAGGUGGUGACAUCACUCCCGGACGAGGCUGACUUUUAUCCCUACCUCCUCACGCCUCACCCCUGUGUGGCUGCCUUUGGAGAUCUCCUGCAACAUCUUGGCGUCGUCCUGGUCCCCACACUGACUCACUACAGCCAUGUCCUGGCCCAAAUCUACCAGGAGAGGCAUGGCAGUGGGACCCUUUCCAGCAUCCAGAAGAAGACAGUCCUGCUGGCCACACGGCAUUUCUUCCAGCUGCUGCGGGAUGAAUCGGAGCCCCCCGAUUGCUCUACUGUGGCUGAGCUGUACUUGCUGAGCACUGCUGGCUCCCUAGAGCUGUCCCACAGACUGUGUUUCAAUGACUGUGUGCCCUCAGAGACUGCUCGGGCCCUGGAGAAGACCUUUGUGUUCAUGGCUGCGCUGCCAGUGUCUGGGUGUAAUGCCAGGUGGCUGCUGCAAAGGCUGCCACCACACCUGCGGCCAUGGGCACUCUCAGAGGUGACAGAGAAGCAGCUGGAGGAAGGUGGUCCGCAGCCGUGUCACUACGGCUCUCAGUGCGCUGCGCAGAGGCGUCUGCAGACCCUGCUGGUAUCCCCGUGGUUUAGGCUGGGGCUGGAGUCCCUGCUGCAGUGGCAGACCCGCAAGGCUGUGAUGGGAAUGGAGUGGGAUGGUGGCUUUACACUGGAGAAGAUGAAAGUGCAGUGCUGCAAGGACAUCUGCACUGUGCUGGUGCACAGUGGGGCAAAGGUGGAGGGCAGCUCCCAGUCACAGGUUAUCCACGUGUGCCUGUCUGGUGGUGCCCAGCGGCUCCUCUACAUCCAGCACGCAGAGAUGGUGCUGAACUGGCAGCAGCUGAGGGUGGUGGAGACGCUGGCGCAGGAGAUCAAUAACAUCCUGGGUGGGCAGCUGGAGGCACGUGCUUUGUCCGUGCUGCGUGAAAUGCUGGUCUGCCAGGAGCCACAGGACAUUGCUUUGGUUCUGGAGGAGAACAACGUGGCACUGGUGGGGGCCGCACCAGAGCCAGAGAAGAAGCUUCAGGAGGAGGCUGAAGCUGUGGCAGAAGAGGGAUCAUGGAAGGAUCCCAGCCUGGCAAUCUUGAGGCCUCUGCAUGGUGUCAGGGGGCCAAAGAUGUGGGGCCAAUACAAACCUGUGAGCACCGCCCGGCACCAUGGACAGGGAGGCGGUGGCUCCUUGCUGAGCAGUGAGGAGCUCAUGGUCCUGACUCUGUCUGUCCCCGAGGCCUUGCGUUGGCUGUGUCAGGCCACAAGUGACCUGCAGGCAGCCCACAAUGACAUCCGGCACUGCUGCCCCAACUGGGUGCUCUUCAAAGUGCACCAGGCCCUGGAGAAGGCGCUGGUGGCAGCCGUGCUUUGCCGUGGUGAAGCCUUUGCAGGCCACAGGGGGCUGAUGGGUAUGGCCCAAAGGCUGGAGGCAGAGGAGCCGGAGCUGAGGGGCCUUGUCCUGGAUGUGCAGUGGUUGUGUGACUGCGGUGUGGACGGCAAGGCCACACAGUACCCAAGUUACCAUCCCUUUCCCAUGACCCCCAGUGAGGCCUUCCCCAGUGUGGAUGAGGAGGAGGUCCUGAAGCGGGCACAAAAAGUGCUGGUGACACUGAAGGACCAUGUGGGCAGAAAGUGAAAAGUCCCUACCAAGGGGCACAGCACCUGGGCCAAGGGACCACCAGGUGCCCAUUAGAGACCCGCCAUGGACCUGUUGUGGACUCACCGUGGACUUGCCACAGACCUGCCACAGGCAAUUCCAGACUGUCCACCCCUGGUAGGGGAGUUUUGAUGGCAGAUGAAGGCCUAGACCACUGGACAUCACAGAGUAGCCUGAGUCAUUGGCAUGUCUUCAGUGUGCAGUA